AUGUCGUUCCCAGCUCCAACCCGCCCGCGGCGUGGCGUAGUCUGCGUCGCCGCCUUCUUCAUCCUGACCACAAUCUUCCUCGCGGCAGCCCGCCUCGCCUCCUUAGACCUCACAUCAGCCAUCCGCCGCCGGCCCGCUGCCAAAACCGCAUCCGAGCCCUCACCAGCCGAUGCGCCCAUGUCCUACGGCGAGACCGCUCGCCCAGGCUUCACCGACCUCUCCGUUCACAUCGCUAACCUCCCGGACCGUCACCUUCCCUCCCGCGAGAACCCGAGCCGCAGGCUCAUCGUUGUUGGCGAUGUCCACGGCAUGCGCGUCUCCCUCGACAGACUACUUGAGGAGCUGCACUUUGACAAGUCUCGCGGCGACCACCUCGUCCUUGCUGGCGACAUGAUCAACAAGGGUCCCGACUCUCGCGGCGUCCUCGACCUGGCCAUGCGCCUCGGCGCAUCCGCUAACAUGAAAACAACCUACGUUACCGACUCGGAUGCUCACGGCAAUCCUGUCACCAAGAGAGACGAGGAAGGUCAACCAAAGGCCGAGGAGAACAAGGAGGAGGACAAGAAGUCAGAAGAGUCCCCCAGCGAGAACGCCUCACCCGAGCCCGAAGACAAGGACGAGGACGGCGAGGACGAAGACGAAGCAUCGCUAGAAGAGACCGAACAAGACGACCUCGAACCCUCAAUCUUCCCCCACGGCGACUCCAAAGAACGCGCCACCGCCCGCUCCCUCACCCGCAAACAACUCAAGUGGCUCUCCACCCUCCCCGUAAUCCUCGACGUCGGCGCCGUAGAAUCCAUCGGCGGCAACCUCGUCGUCGUCCACGCAGGCCUCGUCCCGGGCCUCGCCCUCAAACACCAAGACCCCUGGGCCGUCAUGAACAUGCGCGGCCUCGUCUACCCACGCGAGGAGCUCCGCCGACAAGAAGCCCACCGCGCCCUCGAAGACUACCGCAGGACCCACACCGCCGCCCCGGGUGUCACCGAGACCAUGAUCCAGCGCGAGCACGAGCGCCGGCGGAAACCCCACGACCGCAAGAUCGCCAUCCCCACCGACCGCCGCGACGGCUCCAGCAGCUGGCCCAAGGCGUGGAACGCGCACCAAAAGGCACUGCCCGAAAAGGAACCCCGCACCGCGGUCGCCUACGGCCACGAUUCGAAGCGCGGUCUGCAGAUUGACAAGUUUACGUUCGGUCUCGACUCAGGCUGCGUCAACGGCGGGGAGCUGACUGCCCUCGUCAUCGAGGCCUCCGCCGAGGGCGGCGUCACCCAUACCAUCAAGAGCACAAAGUGCAACAAGGACGAGGGGCGAAAGGACAGGAAGAGGAACAAGAAGCAUAAGAAGAGUAAGAAGGGAAAGAAGAGCAGAGAGGAGGUGGACGAGGCCAAGUCAUAG